UCUUAAUUUUUCUUUAACAAUAUUUGUUAUGAUUUCAGACGUUGAAAAGAAUAUAAAAACUAUAUUUAGUUAAACAAAUAUUGUGUUUUUUCAAAAAAGAAAUAAAAAAUCUUACAAGUAAACAUGAAGACCUUCAUCAUCGUUGCUCUAUGCAUUGCCACUGUCUACGGAAAAGCAAUACGAUUUCUCGAAGGGAAUGAGGCCGCGGUUUUCAAAGCUUUUGAAGAACAAUAUGGAACUGCGGCGUUUGAAAACCUGAAAGCUACAUUGGAAGAAUUUCUCGAUGAAGUGAGCGGCAGCAAAACCGAUGAAUAUGAAGAAGAAGAAGUAACGACACAAAGCGAAGAGACCACGGCAAUGGACUUCACUACAGAGUCUACUGCAACAGAAGACACGACUUUUGUAGAUGAUGAAACUACGACAUCUGAGGGAGUUGAAGGUGGCGAGACCACCACUUCUACAGAGGAAUGGGUGGAGGCCACUACUUUAUCAGAAGAAACCACCGGCGGUACAACAGAAGCGGAAGCAACUACAUCAGUUGACGAAGAUUUCACCACUGCAGAUGCCACAACGGAUGUCUCCGAGGCAGAAGAAUCCACAACCACGGCAACAGAAUCGAUUGUAAAAGAUGCGGAAAACGAGGGCUUCCAAAAUGGCUACGACAUGCCUGAUAUUUAAAUACCUUUGGCAAUGUCACCAGACAUUCAAGGCAUAUUCGUUUCACGCUCAUGAAUAGGAAUUUUAACCUUUUUAUGCAUGAUUGCGUGUAAACUAAUGUUCCUUGAAAGCCCGGUAUCUGUGUAAAUAAAGUGCCAAUGCGUUUUCUUUUUAGAUUACAUAUGUUUCCCUAAUUUAGUUCGACCAGAUUGCAAUGUUUUUUGGUUUUGAUUGAAAAUAAACUAGAUAUAUGUCGAAAUCACAAA